AUGUACUCCUUUAAUCCAGAGUCCAAUCCCAAGCUUAAUCCGGAAUCCAAAGUUCAAUCCAGAGUUCAAUCCAAAUCCAAUUCAGUCUCGGUGCAAACUCCAAUUCAGAUCUCAGCCCAGUUCAGAGUUCAGAGUUCAGAUUUCAGAGUUCAAACUCCAAACUCCAAACUCCAAACUUCAAACUUCAAACUCCAAAGUCCAAAGCAAAUCAAAACUCUAAAGUCCAGAUCAAAAUCUAAAGUCUAA